CGAACAAUAAAACAUACACUCCUUCCAACUCCUUUGUCCUCCUCCAAGUGUUUUGUUCUUAGCUUCUUUAAAAAUGUUUCGGACAUUCAUUAGUUGUGAAUUGAUUUCGGAUUGGCGGCGGCGUGUAAAAUGAGUUUUAGAGAACCGUUGAUAGAUAGAAAAGAAGAUGUUUAUUCUAUUCUUCGAACUUAUUACGACCAGUUUUCUUCAGUUGACGGAGAAUUGAACAAUGUACGUCCUGCAGCUUGCUUUUCCCCUCAUGUCUUUGGAGCUGGGAAGAGUUUUCUUGGUGAAAAUUUCUUAGAGUUUCUAAAAAAAUUCGCCGAAGAAGAAGAAGAGCAGAAAGAGACGGAGGUUUCCACUGGCCAUUGCACUGAAAGCAACAAGAGUUCAUCGGGAAAAGUUGACACUAAGAUUUUUUCUUGGAAACUCUUUGCAGAACAAACUUUGUCAGUUGUCUUAGAACUAGACAAAGAUCUGUAUCGUUAUUUUCGAUCAUGUUUUCGGAAAACUUUAACGC